ACUGAUCUACUCGUUCAUUCCACAAUCCCCUCUUCCACUUCCAAACUUAUCCUCGCCAGCCACGUCACCUCACUCACUUCCAUGGCCGAAACACCCACCAUCCGCUUCGGCGUCAUCGGCUGCGCCGACAUCGCGCGCAAGGUCUCACGCGCCGUCGCCCUCGCCCCCAACGCCGCCCUCUACGAGGCCGUCCUCCAGGACCCCGACGUCGACGCCGUCUACGUGCCGCUCCCCACCAGCCUGCACGUGCGCUGGGCCGUGCUCGCCGCGCGCAGCAAGAAGCACGUCCUGCUCGAGAAGCCCGUGGCUCUUACCGCCUCUGAGUUCGAUGAGAUCGUGGAGGCGUGCGAAUCCAAUGGGGUGCAGUUCAUGGACGGUACCAUGUGGAUGCACCACCCGCGCACGGCUUCCAUGCGGGAGUUUCUCUCCGAUGCGCAGCGUUUUGGCCAGCUUAGAUCGAUUCACACCCAUUUUACAUUUGCUGCUGAUGCCGAUUUCCUCGAGAAUGACAUUCGUGUGAAGCCAGAUCUUGAUGCUCUUGGUUCUCUAGGCGAUGAAGGGUGGUAUUGUGUUAGGGCAAUACUGUGGGCUGCCAACUAUGAACUACCGAAAACUGUAACUGCCUCACGCAAUCCGGAGCUUAAUCAAGCUGGGGUGAUACUGUCAUGUGGGGCUUCUUUACAGUGGGAAGAUGGGAAAGUAGCAACUUUCCAUUGCUCCUUCUUGACAAACUUGACAAUGGAUAUAACUGCUGUUGGAACUAAAGGAACACUGCAUGUACAUGACUUCAUUAUCCCUUAUGAGGAGAAGGAAGCAUCAUUUUAUGCAGCCACAGAAUCAGGCUUUGAUGACCUUGUGACGAAGUGGAGUUCACAGCCUAGCAAGCAUGUAAUAAAAACUGAUAUCCCUCAGGAGGCUCGUAUGGUGAGUGAGUUUGCCCGUUUGGUGGCUGAUAUCAAAUUCAAAAACUCAAAACCUGAGAAGAAGUGGCCAACAAUUAGUAGGAAAACUCAACUGGUGUUGGAUGCUGUGCAGGCUUCAAUUGAGAGGGGUUUUGAGCCUGUUCAGAUUCAGGAGUGAGGUGUAUCCAUUGUUUCUGGGGCUUGCUGAAGUGAACUUGAGGUCUAUGUUCCCUUGGUGCAUCACAAAAAUCUUUUUUUUUUGUUUUUUUUUUUGGCAUCUUUAGCAGUUCAUUGCUGACCUUUCGUAGAGGGAAUGCAGGGUCUGUAGACUAAUACAUAAUGAACUUCUUUUAUGAGCUUUAACUUCAAGGAUGGUGACGGGGAAUGAACUGAAUGAUUAUGUCUAUGUUUGGUUUAUAAAUCAACAGGAAAAAAAAUCAUAUUCAACGUCAAAGCAACAAAAUAUUGCUUUUUA